AUGGAGAAGGCGCUAUUCGUAAUCCAGAACUGGGAGCUGAUCGGCAACUAUUUGCUAGCGAAAUAUAAGGAUCAUCACUGGCUUCUGGCCACGCUGAAGGGGCUGAGGAAUGGCAUUGUCUACGGUUGUAAAGUCCGAUUGCCGCAUGCCCUCGUCAUGGUAUUUCUAUUCCAGGAGGGCACCUACAAGCUGUGCACUGGGUUUCUGGAGCAGUUCAGCGGCAAGAAAUCGGGGUGGCACUCGUUCGUGUCGGCGUUCGUGAUGGGCUACUACGUGUUCGGGGAGAACAACGCCGUCAAUAUGCAGAUUAAUCUUUACUUGCUUUCACGAGUCGCUGUCGGUUUGGCGAAACUGGCGGCUCAGAAGGAGGUGAUUCAACAACCUCAGCGUCCGAUUUUCCCGUGGUUCGCGGCAACAGUUUGGGGUCUGGUCCUUUGGCUAUUCGAGCACCAUAAGGAUACCCUCCAAAUGUCCCUACAAAAAUCUAUGACCUACCUCUACCACGAAAGCGAAAUUUGGACGGGAAUCCGCGAUUUCUUACUCCGGAAUUCCGAUCGAGCAAUC